AAAACAUAAAUAGCGGGUGUUGCUCCUCGCUUUCAUUCAUUUUACACAACUGUCUACUACCUACUACUACUACUACUACUACUAUCUACUUAGAUACUUAUCUACCUCCAUCUCUACUUUACAUCUUAUCCAACUCUACACUACUCUACAGUCAAAAUGGUCUUCAACUGGUUCAAGUCUUCCAAGGAGGAAUCCUCCGCUACCCAACAACCCUCCUGGGACGCCAACACCAUGACCAUGCAGCAGCCUUCUAGCCCCGAGGCUCCUUCUACUGAGCGCGUUGUUACGCAGCAACCUAACACCCAGGAAGAAAUGAAGAUGGGUCUGCGUGGUGGUGGUGCCGGUGAUGUGUGCUGCGGAGUGUAUGUUCAUCCUAUCCCUUCCUUUUAACCUACUCUGAAGUAACGGCAAUGCUGAUUUUUGAUUGUUGUCUAGUUGCGCCGGUCUUCUCUGCUUCGAGUGCUGUGAGGAGUGCUGCUAAACGCACACCUUCUUCCCUCUCAUACAUACG